UUUCAAUUGGUCUCCAGACUUGAAUUAGUCAAGCAACUGCAGUCAACCGGUCCGCUUGUGCCUCGAUCAGUAUGAAAAGCGACGAAAUAAUUGAGAAAAUACGCAAUAAGCUAAAGGAGUCGGAUCCCGGCAAACGAACUGUAGUCAACACAUUUCAGUUCAAUUUUACGGACAGCGAUGGCAUACUUAUCAAAAGCAUGGUCUUUGAUUUCAAAGCUCUGGACAUUUAUGAAGGCAAGGCACCUGACGCCGAUGGUCGGGUUACCAUAGCUGAUGAGGACUUUUAUUUGGUUGGCACUAAGCAAAAGACGUUUGAGCAAAUAUUGGAGCAGGAUAGGGCUAAAAUAGACGGCGAUGCUGAGGCCAUCAACAAAAUGUUGGACAAGUUUCGUUUGAAUUCACAAAACUAAACUACAACCACAUUUAUUAUUGCAUUUUUGUGCGACUCUAUAAAUCACCGAUACGCGGUGAAAUUUUAUUCUAUGUAUGCCUCAAAUUAAACAGAAAUUGCAGUUUUUA